AAUGAAAUUACUGAAUCAUAAACAACAAACUUGUUUCGAUCCGGUUGUUAGGUUAAAACAGUUGACGAUCGUAGUUUGUUUACGCGAUGGCGAUCAGAACGUUUGGGGAUAAGCCGAUCAGCUUUCAAUUGGAAGAGAAUGGUGAAUAUUAUUGCGUUGGAUCCGAGGUGGGCAAUUACUUGCGCCUCUUCAGGGGCUCCCUGUACAAGAGGUACCCCGGGAUGUACCGUAGGACGAUAACAGUUGAAGAACGAAAACGCCUCAUCGACAGCGGUCUCAGUCAACAUGUCUUGGCAAGUUCCGUUUCACUGCUCAGAACAUCUGAAGUUGAGGACAUUAUUGAGGGCAAUGAUGAUAAAUACAAAGCGGUGUCGGUGCACACAACGGAACCUCUGCUUCCCAGAGAGGGCAAGACGAAGAAGAGCAUGCAAUGGGUGCCGUCGCUUCCGAACUCGAGUCAUCUGGACGCCGUGCCACAAGCCACGACGAUCAACAGAAACCGUGUCGCCUCCAAAAAGGUGAGGACGUUUCCGUUGUGCUUCGACGACAGCGAACCGCAAGUGCACACGGAGAACGCCGGCCAGUCGGAGCUUUUGGUACCGAUCCGUCUCGACAUGGAAAUCGAGGGUCAGAAGCUCAGGGACACGUUCACUUGGAACAAGAACGAGAGUUUGAUCAGUCCGGAGCAGUUCGCUGAAGUUCUCUGCGAUGAUCUGGAUUUGAACCCGCUGACCUUUGUGCCGGCUAUAGCGCAGGCCAUCCGUCAGCAGCUCGAGGUUUUCCCCAACGAACCACCCGGCAUCAUCGAGGAGAACUGCGAUCAGCGCGUCAUCAUCAAGCUGAACAUUCACGUUGGAAACACUUCGUUGGUCGAUCAGGUGGAAUGGGACAUGUCGCAAAAGGAGAACAAUCCAGAGCAUUUCGCGAACAAGCUGUGCGCCGAGCUGGGAUUGGGAGGAGAAUUCGUGACGGCCAUCGCGUAUUCCAUCCGAGGACAGUUGUCCUGGCACCAAAGGACGUACGCUUUCAGCGAAGCCCCGUUACCGAUAGUCGAGGUGCCUUUCCGUCCGCCGUGCGAAUCCGAUCAGUGGGCUCCGUUCUUGGAGACGCUCACCGACGCCGAAAUGGAGAAAAAGAUCCGCGAUCAAGACCGCAACACCCGGCGCAUCCGCCGUUUGGCCAACACAACACCUGGCUGGUAAAUACAAAACCCAAAUAAUAUUUCAAAUUCAUUUCAAAGAGCCGCAAACAGUUCUCCUUCUCUUUUUUUCUCUUGCGCUCGCCCAGUAGAUCCUAGAAGUAUUUAAGAAAACGCAUUAAUCACUUACGACGAAAUGCGUAUAAAUAUAUAUAUAUAUAUUUUACAAAUAGAGAGAAAGCGAAUGUGCGAGAGACGAAUACAUGAUGGAGAUCGAGAGAUUCCUUCUCUGCCAUUUCGUCAUAGACUCUAGUUUUAAUUAUAUAAUUUUACAAACCCGUUCCUAACAUCCUCGAAAUCAAGUGUAACUAUUAUUUAUUUUGCGGAUUAGAAGUAGACUUAGCUUAAGCUUGAUUCUGUGCAACUCUUCACACGAAAUCAUUAAAAAUCUUGGCUUUCUUAACAAGUUUCCAAUUUUUUUGAGAAA